GGAAUCCAGGCAGUCGACCAGGAAACGCAGGAACACAAGGUGGAUGGGUAUGGUGGACUACUUUCGAAAAAGUGAUUGAAUGCAUAAGGUAGCGAUAUGGUCAUCACAUUCUCUGUUUAUCCUCGAUGUACUGCCUAUGAAGUAUCUUAGCAGAGGUACCUUACAAUGGCGGCUGAGAGCUCAGUGGUUGACCUAGGUAUCGACACCAGGCACCUCAUCGGAAACCGAGGACUGACUGCAUCCAUGUGCUACACACGGUAAAGGGAAUACGUCACUGUCAGCCCAUGGUAUACUCUCCCGUAGUACCUAAUUGCAUCGGAGCUAUCCUCUUGUUCCCCGCACCCGAACCUACCUGCUCAGCUGCGAGGAUCUCGUUUCUCGAAGGUUAAAACAACUCGAAGACUUGUCCAACGAGCAGCUGCAAGUCAUGAUUGCAAACAGGACCUCUAUGCUACGCCCGAGUUUCCGCGUAGCCUACCACCAACAUGUUCUACCGCGAUUGACCCGGCCUGGAGGUCGAAGAACCUAUGCCACCCUCCAAGAGCGAGUCGCGUCGUCCGGUGACAGGCCAUGGCAGAUUGCCGCAUUAGCGGUCACACUUCCGGGCGUGUACCUUUUGCGGAGAACCGACGACCCGAAGGCCAAAGUCCAAGCCCACGGCCAUCCAGGAAGGAACGAAGAGGUACAGGACCGGCACUCAGAGCCAGCUGAGAAGGAAGUGAAGGCUGAGGCGAAAGCCGAAUCACCGCCGGAUGAGCCCAUGAGGGAAGAGGCGUCUAAGCAGAAGAUCGAGGGUGCCGAGUCGGAGAAUGCAAGCAGCGAGUCUGAUUCGGAGGGUGCUCCGACACCGUCCAGCCCUGUCUCGGAGCAAGGCGACUCCAAAGAAAUGGAUGACUCCCAGGAAAGUCAAGACCAGAAGCUGACUGACAAACAAGACUCCCAGCGAGGUGAUUUCACUCAGAAGUAGAGGAGAUGGACGAAGAGGGUCCAAGAUGAGGGGCCGGCCUUGGCGGAACCAGCGAUGCACUGUACAGUACAAGUCAGUAAGAUAUGAAAAUUGGAACUAAAAAUGUUAUCCCGUCUCACCCACUUGUUCGAUCUAAAUCCCUUGAUCGGAUUAGCUAGAUCCUAGGGACUCAAUUCUGAUUGAAUC